AUGACCGAAACGGACAAUGAAGAUAAUAUUGAAGAGGAAGAGGGCACGGAGCUCGAGCUAGAGGCGCUCUACAGAAGAUAUUGCGUGCGCCUCAAACAUGCGUUGUUUGUGUCGGCACUGUGUGUCACCUUACUAUGUUGCCUAAUACUUCUAUGUGCAGUUUGUGUGCUACAUGCCCAAACAAUAUCAUCACAAGUGACAGCGAUAUCAGUACUGUCAGUGAUAAUAUUCGUGUUGAUGAUCGUUCUGGCGAUGGCGUUGUUACCGGCGGCGGCAGAGUGGGAAGCGCUCGCGUUGACAGGCUCUAUACUUGUCACUAUAUGCCUUGGUACUGGCACAUUAAUGGCUACGCAUCACGCACCUUUGCCGCUAUUUGCUCUUAUAUUGAUGGUGCAUACAAUGAUGCCGAUAGCGCGUUCUAUUUCGCUGGGUAUGGCAGCGUCCCUGACGCUAGGUUACAUAGGACUGGCGUUAGGCUUGGGCGCACAAGAUCAAGAGAGACAGUUUUAUCAACAGUUAACGUGUGAACUGGCUCUCUUAUUCUCUGCGAGUGGCAUCGGUCUCUACUAUAGAGCUCUAACUGAACGUGCUCAUAGAAACACUUUUGCGGGUACAAGAACUUGUUUAGAACAACGUGUGAAGCUUGAAUGUGAAAGAGAACAACAAGAAAGUCUCCUUCUAUCAGUGAUACCUGCUUACAUCGCUGCUGAGGUUAAUAGAAAACAACAUGUUCUGGUGACAGGUGAUGUGGUUUUCCUGGUUCUUCUGGUGAUC